UUUAGUUCUGACGCAACCAUCAAUGGCUUCAUCUCGUACUACUAGUGAAAGCCAGGAUGGUUCGGUCGAACUGCGUGGUCAAAGACCACGUGGUCCAAGACAAGUGUCAUGUGAAAUACCAGAAGAUGUUGAAGUGCAAAGUGGCAGAUUCAGAGUUUCUAGAUUAAUUUCAGAAAACCUACGAAAUGGGAUAAAUAACCAAAAUGUACCGGGUGCCGGUUUAAAAAGAAGUGCUUCUUCAAUUGACGUUUCAAGACCCAUUCGAGAGCAUCCACAGUUACAGAGAACUAUUUCUUCAGUGGGAUCGCUUAAAGCUGAACUACUGAGAAAUAAUACCGGAUCAAAGAAUGGAAACAUGGUUCUGAAGUUAGUUUUGCCUACAAACAACAAUAACACGGAAAAUGGGAAUUACUUGACCAACACAUCCAUUGAUGAGAUUUUGGGUGAAAGCAACACCAGACGCCGAAGUGUAGGCAGCCAACAAGAGCUUUAUUCCACAGCUGGAACCGAAUGCUACGUAAAUCAAGCCUAUACAAAUGAUCUGGACGAAUACGCUCGCAAUUAUGCUCAAUCACCGAUCUCUUACGCAUCCAGCAGUGACCAUGCAAAGGCAACCAGUGUAGAAGACAAAAAGAAAAAUUUCAGGAAGCACCUCACCAAAAUUCUCAGCUCUAUGUACGCCCUCUUCAUCAUCACUCUUGGCGUGAUAGUGUAUAUAAGCGACACUUUUAUUGUAAACGGAUCUUUGGCUGAAGCAUUCAGCUUGUAUCUAGUGAUUGCUGCCCUCAUUUUUAUUCUUUACAUAACGGUGGACAUUAAGCUCUUUGUUAUGAAGAGAAACAGGUACAAUGACUUGUUACAAAAGAACGUGUCCGAGGAAAUUGAGAUGAAAGAAUCGCCUACUGGCGAAUUUCAACUUAAUAUCAAGCUACCCGAAGCCAUCAAGUUAGGGAAACAAUUAGAACAUUAUUAUUGCUUCAGCAAGGACAGGCAUUCAGGCAACUUUUAUUUGAAAAUCGGAGCCGCAGGUUUCUGCGUUGGUCACUUGAUACAUAGUGGACUUCUGCUAGGAUAUCAAAUACUUUUUUUAACGUCAGAUGGCGAAGCUUUCUACGAAUGUGCCACCCUUGUAAGUCUUGUGUUGGACAUCUUAUACCCGGUGUACUCCUUUUUGCUGUUGUACUUCAUAUUCAAAUAUUCAAAUAUAAUAAUAAAUCGCCAUGUGGCGAUAGUUCGUUUCGCUCUAAUGCAUUGUAUAUCUGCAAGUCUCUGUUUCUGGAUGUGGACAAUCCUACGAGAAACAGUGGAAUCACUUUCUAAUCACGCUCACGAAGACGACAACACCGAAAAUUCCAUCACUACCCUUUCCGAAAUCUCAUUUUUUACAAGUCAACCAGUUGCCUUACCGCUCACUUCUUACAACAAAAGAGGCGCUUCACUAUUGAAGACUUAUCUAAACGCUUCCUUUCAUCAAUUUGUAGGCGAAUGUGGGAAUGACGUCGGCAUGAGUACAAUCUAUCGCAACUAUUCCCCUUAUUUGUAUCCAUUCUCCGUGGAGUACAGCAUCCUUGUCGUUGGGGUGCUGGUCGUGAUAUGGGGAAACAUCGGAAAAUGCAAAGAGAAAGAGGAAAUGUCAUCCGAGCGACAAUGUGACAGUCCCGAAGGAAACAAUGAUAAUCUCGAGAGCAACAUCGUUAUUCACGCCGAUUGCCAUUCAGCCAACAAGGGGCUGUUUAGUGGAAUUGUCAUCAUGGUGUUGACGAUUGUCAGCGUCAUAUUGUUCCUCAUUGCUGUUAACGAUGAUCGUUUCGAAGCGGAGGCAAUCAUUAUCAAUACAACCACCUCCAUAAUUAUCACCUGCCUAAUGACCAUCACAAGCAUAUUCGCCUAUCGCCAGCUUACUAAGCUAGAUAUUAGCAAAGAACACAUGUCAUUCCUGGACGAUUUACUACUAUUCAUCUGCAUUCCGGCAUUUUUUCUUAAUGGGAUUGUUGUAAUCAUUCCUGCCAUCGCAGACGGCAAUGCAGGUGGCAUUGUAGUCAUUGUAAUGGAAAUUGGUCAAGUUUUAGUGCAAACACCUCUUAUAAUUGACGGUUUACGACGAUGCAGCAACACCAAAAAGCUAAGAAAAGAAAAACCAGGAAGAGAACUUCUAACAUUCUUGAUUGUUUGUAAUGUGGCUAUGUGGAUAAUGCAAACGUUCGAAGUGAAAUCACACAGUUUGCAAGAUCAUCGACAGGAGUAUUAUGGCGAAGAAUUAUGGACAAUUAUAAGCCAUUUGUGUGUUCCGUUAACCAUGUUUUAUAGGUUUCAUUCAUCUGUGUGUAUAGUGGAUAUUUGGAAAUAUGCUUAUGAACCGAGUUCACAUUAAAUCUUGCGUAACGUGUUGUGAUUGAUUAAGUGUGUAAUUGCCUAGUACUAGGUAUUGACGCUAAUCUUAUGUAAUUUAUAAUUUGUACAAAGUAAAGUAUCUGUUUCUAAGCAACACAUUUGUAGGUUCAAAGGUAAUCCAUUUUGUAAAUUAUUGAAAAUAUUGACAAAGUUACGAACUACUACCGACAAAAUUUUAUCCUAAAUGUUAAAUUGCCAUUUUGGUGUUUAUUCAGAAUCGAUUUUAUCGGAAUAUUUUAUACAAAUAAAUUAAUUAAUUAAAUGUUUGCUAGUAAACAUAAUUAAAAUAAAACACAAAAGCAAACCAAUACGUGAAAUUACAGGCACCAUUUUCUACUAAUUGCGUUACUGAUAACAAACUGCGGUGAUACUAUGAUGACAUUAUUACUGAUUACAUAGUAGAAAAGAAUUUAUCAAAAAACUUGUUUACGUUAUACGUACUCAAAAAGAAGGCACAUAUUCAAAAAUUAAAACAUCUGAUAAAAAUAAGGACACUUAACAUAAUUAGGCCUGUUUAAGUAUGUAUCAUACUUUUUUCAGAGAGCAUUAAAACUUAAAGAAGAAGGCAAAAUUUGAAGUUCACAGAUGUAUUCAAUAAUUUUAAAGAUAAAGAUUUUGUAAUUCAGGUUCUUACAUAUAUUGCUAUUUCUUGAUGUACAAGUUAACCAAAAUAAUGUCACACAUUUAAUUUUCCAUUUUAUGAACACAGGAAGAAAUGUUGUAGUUUAAAUUAGGCAUUCCGGCUUGGGUUAAUAGAACAUCAGUUUCUGAAAGAAGUUAUGAACUAUUUUAAAAUGUCUUUAUCUAAAUUCAAAAUCUAAAAUUAUCAGUGAGUGCAGAACUCGUAUAAGUAAAACAGACAUUCAUCGUAAUCGCAACAUAAUCUCAGUCAUAAAAAGUAAUAUUUCGUGAACUUAAUAUCUAACGUAUUCUUUUCCAAGUUUAUGCAAUUAGUUUUAAUAGGUGGUAACUUAUAUUCCGAAAUAAGAAUUCUUAUAUUUCUUGAGAUAUGUCUGUAACAUUUAUUAAUUAAAUAGGCAUAGUUUUAUUAUGCUAUAAAUGCUCAUAUACGAAUUAAUCAUUUUUGGACACUGGCUAUAACGAAUGUAACCACUCAUUCAGACAUUUGAUGACUUCUUUAAUUACGUAUAGUCUGUAACAUUUGUUUAGUAUAAAUUAGAUAUAUUUCCAAUGAAAUGUUGCCUAAAAACAUUAACUCGAUUAGUUAACUCGGUAACUCAAACAUAAUGGAAAACCUCUUGAAAGAACCAGGAAUACGAAUGAGUAUCCUAAAAAUUCUUAAAUUUUCCAGGUAAACAUUGCUCAUUUGAAUCGAAAAAUUAUGGUGAAUUUAUAUGGUUUGGUAACCAAAAAUACUCAUUUAAUCAAAAAUCGUUCUCGAUAUCGUAUGGUACUUCAUUUUUCGCCUUUAUUUUUCAUUCAAAUUUUCGGUAGCAAACUUUAAUUCUUCAUUUCAUACAUGUUUUAUUUUAAAAUCUUUAACAUUUAUAAGAUAAAAAUUUGUGAACGGGUGCAACAUGGUGCAACUGACAACAACCACAGACUUUUAAAAAUAUUUAUAUAAAAAGACACUGUUUUAUCUAGUAGUUUCUUCAACUGUUACAUCUUUACCUUUUAAAUCAAAUAUCCUGUUAAUUUAGAAAGAAAUGGCGUAACAGGAAUUUUUCUCUCUCGUUAAUAUUUUCAAGUCUGUUUAUUGGUUUGUGUUUAAAAUAAUUUUAACUAUAAUAUCACCAAUAUAUCGUUUCUACCACAGUUAUUUCGUUAUUACCAGACAUAACACUAUUUGGUAGAGAUUGAACUGAAUAACUGCCUGCUUAAUUUUAAUUUAUUGUUUAUAAAAUUCUAUAUUUUAUGUUGAUACUUUUGUUCAUGUGUAUACUUUUAUAUAGACUUUUUGUAUGUACUUCAUUUCAAUAAAAUAAUGUAACAAUCUGAACACUA